UUUGUUUUUGUGCAAAGGAGAUUUUUCCUUCUGGUCGUCAUCGAGAUGCAUCAGGAUUUAGCUGGUGUUGUGCUGGGGAGAUUUAAUACGGCAUUUGUUGUGCAGCAGAGGACCUCUCACUCUACCAGCAAUGCAGCUGAGCGUUCUCCCUGAGUGUAGCAUCGAGUACAGAGCUGAUGUGUGAUGUAGCACCCAGCAUCUCUCCGCUCUCCCCACAGCCCUCUGCCAUGCUUAAUAAAAGUUGCCGUUUCCUGCUCAGUGGCUACAGUGCGAACGCUUCAUUUGCCCAGCUAACACGAAGGCAGACCCAUAUUCCGGUUUAGCUAUAUGCUGAAUAAACUGAGAGUUAUUCCUAUAGCUGUAGCAGAGGACAGAAGAGGGACAGUCAGAGGAGGGCAGGGUAGAUCUAGCCCAGGACCUGGGCUGCAUGGAUAGAGGCGAAGGACGUUGGAGCUGGAGUCAUCUGCACACAGAGAGGGAGGGAGAGGAAGAAAGACGUCAGAAAAAGCUCUGCUUCUGACAACACCACUGUUCAGCGACCAUCAUAGAAAAAAAACUACUUUCGCCUUGCUCUCACGAAACUGUUUUUCAUGUAUAGUUGGUUAUCCUGAGGGCUGUACGAAAGGGAUACUGCAUGACACUGUUUCCUGUUCGCCCUGCAUCAUUUUCUCUGAUUUACUAAGAUGACAGUGGUGUCUCCAUGCACUCAGAACCUGAUGGAUAGUGCUCACCCUCACACCGUGCUUAGCAAGCUUAAUGAGCAGCGCUUGCAAGGCCUCUUCUGUGAUGUUACCAUUGUGGUGGAGGACGUUAAGUUUCGGGCCCACAAGAACAUCCUGGCAGCCUGCAGUGGGUACUUCAGGAAUGCUCUGACAGCUCAUGAGACAUGUAGCUCUAACCAAGUGCUGGAGCUGAUAGACCUCAAGUCAGAGGUGUUCGCCAGCAUCCUCAACUUCAUCUACUGCUCAAAAGUGACAUCCCCUGGUGCAGAGGACACAGGGGGACUAGUGGCAGCUGGAAAAAGACUUGGAAUUCCAUUUUUAGAGAAGCUUGCAGAACAAGAAAAGCAGGAUGAAUGUGUUAAAUCCACAGACUCCAGCACAGCCACAGUGUCUAAAAAAACAAAGAAGGAAGCUCCCAGGCCCGAGGAGAUAGACAGUGCCACAGGGCCACGCAUCACCAACGCUUUCUCUAUCACUGAAGUGUGCCCUGGGAACAAUCCUUUCACCCCUCUGGUUCAAACCAGUGGAGAGAGGCAGUCACCAGAUUGUGGACAGCUCCCAUCAAGUUGUCCUACAACAUCCUGCCUCAGUGGGAACAGUGAGACCACCCACGCCCUCUCUGAGCACUCAUAUGCAGUAAGCAAAUCUACUGAAAGCAAAGAUAGCAGUCAGUCAGACAACAAGAAGGUCUGUAAGCCAGCAAUAUCACAGCCAAAGCAACUCAUGUACAGGAACACAGGCCCACUUAAAAAACGCCACAGGUUGAGAGGCAUUGUGGGUAAAACAAUACUUCCAACACCAGCUGAACCACAAACAGACAAACCAAAUACAGUGACCCCCGCAUUAGCUGAUGGUGUUCCUGCAGAACCUGUUGCAGUCAUGACCCCACCUCCACUUUUUUCGCAAGUAGAAACAGAAAAUAGUGCAGACUCAGGGCUACCCACAGCCACUGACAAUGCUCCAGUGGAACUGGGUCCACCAACCCUUUCCCCCCACACAGAGGACAGCAUCUCGAUCUACGGAUGUGAGCAUUGUCCAGAGAUAUUCACAAAUAAAGCUCUUCUCACCGUUCACUCUGAAGUACACAAGAAGCGUUUUGUCAGUCAUUUGUUUUGCAAGUUUUGCCACAGAAAGUUCAUACACCUCAAACGGCUGCGCAACCAUGAGCAGGUCUGUCCAAAGGCCAUAAGAGACCCACCUAAACUAGAUGCUUCUGACGUACCAGCCAAAGAGGUGGCCCUCGGUUCAGAUGACAUGCCGAACAUUGAGGGCAUCACAGCACAGCAUCCUUCUAACGACCUUCCCACCCUUUACGCCCCAGAGCCUCUUCAAGUUGACCAAUCAGUGCCUCCACAGGAUGAGAAGGCAGUGAGGCAAGUUGGCAGUCAGAGGAGAUACAACUGCAGUGUGUGUAAACGGGUCUAUGUCACCCUAUCCAGUCUGAAGCGGCAUGAGAAUGUACAUUCCUGGCAGAGGGCCUAUCCCUGUCAUUAUUGUAAUAAAGUGUUUGCUUUGGCAGAGUACCGUACAAAGCAUGAAAUCUGGCACACAGGUGAACGACGCUAUCAGUGCAUUUUCUGCCUGGAGACAUUUAUGACCUACUAUAUCUUAAAGAACCAUCAGAAGUCUUUUCACGGCAUUGACCCCAGUCUAGCUGUCAAGAAAAAAUCUGCCAACGGUGGGCUGAAAGCUAGUGUUUACCCAAUCAAACUCUACAGGCUUCUGCCUAUGAAGUUUAGAAAAAGACAGUACAAGACAUACAGUCAGACAUAUUCAGACAGUGUUGAAAGAGGUGACCAAGCUCCACUAGACAGCAACUCUCUUAUCCCUCCAUUUGAAGAAAAUGGUCUGAUCAGCCACCCUGAUACUGUGUCAUUCCCCCUGACAUUCAUGGCAACGACAAAGACGGUGGCCCCUGUCAUUCCUUGCAUCAGCUUUGAGAAGCCAUGUGACCAAGAUAUUGACCAAAGGCUGAACAGUGAAUUGGAAACCCAGAGAAGCACAAGAAAAGAGGCUGAAAAUAGAGAUUCACCCUUUAUUAACUACAACAGUCCUUUCUCUUUGCAACCCGACACAGAGAGUUACAAAGAUGAUCCUCCAAUGCAAAAAAAAUCAGAGUACAUCAGUCAUAAUGUGCCAUUCCUAAACUCUUUCAACACUGUUAAAAAGUUAGGGGAGCUAUCUGCUUCUGCAAAAAGAGUUGAGGAUAUGACGAAGGAGGUACUUCAGUCAUGCACAGAGAAUCUCGUUCGUGAUAAAACGGUGGGGGCCAAGACAGAAACAUACAUUGCCAAACCUGCAUGCCCAGGUCCAUCUGUGGAUGGUGAUGCCAUGCCACUCUGUCAGAUUACAGUGAAAAUAGGCAAUGAAGCCAUCAUCCGCCGCCGCAUCAAAGGAUCUAAGCUCUUCCCCAGAAAGAAAAAGAGAGUCAGAGAAUUGAGUGAGGAGGAAAGUCCAAGUCAGUGCCCUCCAACGAGGGAAAGCUCAGAGAGCCCCAGGCUCCGCCUCAGACCAGAAGUCACUGCCACUGCAGAGCCAGAGACAUAUGAUGAUCCCAAUGACUGUGACACAGCUGAUAAGCUUUGGCGUCCCUACUAUUCUUACAAAGCUAAAAAGAAAAGGAAGAAGCUGAGAUUCAAGCACAGAGGGUCUUUGUUUAACCAUUACCCUGAAGCACCUGUAGACAGAACUGCUGCCACUGAGGCCCACAUUGACAGAAGCAGUAGGCUGACGGAGGAGAACAUCUCAGGUGGCAGUGCAGAGGUGAAACGCAGUCUUAGCAGGAACUGCAGCCCAAGGGCCACCUACAACUGUGACAUCUGUGACAGCUCUUUUAUCACAGAGACCGGUCUGAGAGCUCAUGUUAUUGGUUCCCACCCAUGUUUCUGCCGGACUUGUGGUAAACAGGGUCCCCCUGGUGAGGCACCUGCCGGUGGGGAUUACAUCUGCAACAGCUGUAUGGAAAACGGCUCCUGCUUUGACAAUACACCCCGGAGUCCCAACCCAGAGAAGAAGUAUCGCUGUUCUUUCUGCCCCCAGCGUUUCCUCUAUCUUGCCACCAAGAGAAGCCAUGAGAAAAAACACCAAGAGACAAAUGAAGAGGGAUAUAAUUAUGACAAAUUCGCACCAUGUUCUAAAUAUCUAAGUGAAGACAAUAAACAAGACACCAUCAAAACAGAAGAUAGUGACAAUCAAGACAUAAAAAGUGAAAGGGGGGAAGGUGGGCAUUUUUCCAUCGAUAAAAUUAAACCCAAAAUCGAGGAUACAACUGACUUUAUGUCUUUGACUACAUACCAGGACAUGUCAUAUUCCAACAUUAAAAGCCCAUUAUCACCCUGCAUUGACCCACUGUUUUCCCUGACAUCCUCAAAGGUGAAACAUAAAAUGGUGAAAAAAAGGAUCAAUGCACUGCAUUCUAUGCAUCUCAUCUCAAAAAAGCAAGCCCGCGACAGGGACUGUGACAGCAACAAGGACAUUUUGAUGGGCCCAAGAACAAACAGUCACAAUGAUCGCGAGAAGUACUGUAAACUGUUUAGGAGGAAUGACUCUGAGUCCAAAAGUACCCACAUUUCUAUACACAAGCCAGAGAAAUGGGUCUGCAAAGAGGAGCCCUUUUUUUAAGGAUUGUUGUGGACCGCAACCAACCAUAGGCAAAAGAGAAAGUGAAUGAAAUCUGACUUUGAGCCACUGCUCUGGUUAGGAAAUGUAAAAUCUGUAAUGUUGCAUUUGCAGCUGAGCUCAAUAAAAUGUUACGAAUGGACAUCACCAAACACAAGGAUCUAAUAUCAGUGUGGGCUGUAAUUGCUUCCCUCCUAAACUCAGCAACUGAGUGAUUUUUCACCUUUGUAGAAGACAUUUUUUUUGAAUAAUGUAGGAUCUUCUGACACAGGCUGUAAUUUGUCCAUUGUCUAUGCAUAUAAGGCAGACUCAUUGACAUGACUGUAACCUCGAGAAAGAAAUUAAUCUUGGUCACAUUUCUUCAAACAGUGUGCAAUUUCAGAACACGGGUGGGAUGUGUUGGACAACUGAAAAGCUACUUAGUGUGGCGACAUCUUCACUUUUUAAAAUAAGUCUCGGGAAAACAAUUUUACAACUGUCAGAUUUCUGAAUCUCCCGUUCAGUUAACUGGGCAUGGCGAGUUGCACUUUACUAUAGUUUGACUAUGCUAAUCUGUUGAUUAAAUACUUUGAUAAAUCAAUUUAAAAUCUAAGCACCAUUGAUAUACUUCUAAUUUCUAAUUAACACGUGGCACCAUUGAGUUACUACUUUUGUGUGUUUAAUAUGUAUAAAACAUGUAAAACUAUUU